CCGGCGCCGGCGGCCGCGCCAUGGCGGAGACGAAGAUCAUCUACCACAUGGACGAGGAGGAGACGCCGUACCUGGUCAAGCUGCCCGUGGCGCCCGAGCGCGUCACGCUGGCCGACUUCAAGGGCGUGCUGGGCGGCCGGCCGGCGCACGCCUACAAGUUCUUCUUCAAGUCCAUGGACCAGGACUUCGGGGUGGUGAAAGAGGAGGUGGCUGAUGACAACGCGCGGCUGCCCUGCUUCAACGGCCGCGUGGUCUCCUGGCUGGUCCUGGCAGAGGGCGCCCACUCGGACACAGGGUCUCAGGCCACCGAGGGCCAUGCGGAGCUGCCCCCGCCUCUCGAACGGAUGGCUGGCAUCGGGGACUCCCGGCCCCCCUCCUUCCACCCAAAUGUGGCCAGCAGCCGUGACGGGAUGGACAACGAGACCGGCACCGAGUCCAUGGUCAGCCAUCGGCGGGAGCGGCCCCGCCGCCGGAACCGCGAGGAGGCCACGCGGACCAACGGACACCCGAGGGGCGAGCGGCGGCGGGACCUGGGGCUGCCCCCUGACAGCGCGUCCACCGUGCUGAGCAGUGAGCUGGAGUCCAGCAGCUUCGCUGACUCGGACGAUGAGGACACGAGCAGGCUGAGCAGCUCCACCGAGCAGAGCACCUCCUCCCGGCUCAUCCGCAAGCACAAGCGGCGGCGGCGGAAGCAGCGCCUGCGCCAGGCAGACCGUGCCUCCUCCUUCAGCAGCAUCACGGACUCCACCAUGUCGCUGAACAUCAUCACCGUCACGCUCAACAUGGAGCGCCACCACUUCCUGGGCAUCAGCAUCGUGGGCCAGAGCAAUGACCGGGGAGACGGCGGCAUCUACAUUGGCUCCAUCAUGAAGGGUGGGGCUGUGGCCGCCGAUGGCCGCAUCGAGCCAGGGGACAUGCUGCUGCAGGUGAACGACGUCAACUUUGAGAACAUGAGCAAUGACGAUGCUGUGCGGGUGCUGCGUGAGAUGGUGUCCCAGACUGGGCCCAUCAGCCUCACUGUGGCCAAGUGCUGGGACCCGACCCCACGGAGCUACUUCACCAUCCCAAGGGCUGACCCAGUGCGGCCCAUCGAUCCUGCUGCCUGGCUGUCCCACACAGCAGCGCUGACUGGCGCCCUCCCACGCUACGGAACCAGCCCCUGCUCCAGCGCUGUCACGCGCACCAGCUCCUCCUCGCUGACCAGCUCUGUUCCCGGCGCACCGCAGCUGGAGGAGGCGCCGCUGACUGUGAAGAGCGACAUGGGGGCGGUGGUCCGGGUCAUGCAGCUGCCCGACUCCGGCCUGGAGAUCCGGGACCGCAUGUGGCUGAAGAUCACCAUCGCCAACGCCGUCAUCGGCGCAGACGUGGUGGACUGGCUGUACGCGCACGUGGAGGGCUUCCGCGAGCGGCGCGAGGCGCGCAAGUACGCCAGCGGCAUGCUGCGGCGCGGCUUCCUGCGGCACACGGUCAACAAGGUCACCUUCUCCGAGCAGUGCUACUACGUCUUCGGGGACCUGUGCAGCAAUCUCGCGGCCCUGACCCUCCACGGCGGCUCCAGCGGCGCCUCGGACCAGGACACGCUGGCCCCGCUGCCCCACCCGGCCGCCCCCUGGCUGGGCCAGGGCUACCCCUACCAGUACCCGGGGCCCCCGCCCUGCUUCCCGCCUGCCUACCAGGACCCGGGCUUCAGCUACGGCAGUGGCAGUGCCGGGAGCCAGCAGAGCGAAGGAAGCAAAAGUAGCGGGUCCACCCGGAGUGCUGGCGGGGGCAGCCGGCGGGCCCUGGGCCGGGAGCAGGAGCACCGGGUAGCUGGAGUUGGGGGCAGCGGCAGCGAGUCGGACCCCACGGUGCCCAGUGGAGCGGGCAGCAGCAGCUGGCGGGAGCGGCCUGUGAGCCAGCUCAGCCGCGGCAGUAGUCCACGCAGCCAGGCGUCAGCUGCCGCCCCAGGCCUCCCUCUCCUGCACCCCCUGACGAAGGCAUAUUCAACGGUGGGGGGCCCACCUGGGGCGCCACCUGUCCGGGAGCUGGCUGCUGUCCCCCCAGAGCUGAUGGGGAGCCGUCAGUCCUUCCAGAAGGCCAUGGGAAACCCCUGUGAGUUCUUUGUCGACAUCAUGUGACCCGUGUGCCCGCUGUCCCUAGGAGGGCGCUGCACCUGGAGCUGGGGUGGGCUUGGACAACCCCCUGCCACGGGCCCCACCUGGACGGUGUGGGAGAGGGCAGAGCAGAGCAGCUGGUGUCCAGCAGACCCGUGGGAGUGCCUCCAUCAGCCUGUGCUCGGGCAGGCCCGACUGGCCCCCUCUUGGCAUGCGCCUCAGGGACACCAUGGACUUCCCUGUCUGGAGGUGACCCCGAGCUGCCUGCAGAGCUGUGCACGGGGCUCAGGCUGAGCUGAGAGAGGUGGCUGCUGGGUUGGGGCACCCCCCUCACCAGUUCACAGGCCUUACCCAUCUUGUCCAGGCCUGUGGAGCUGCCGCCCCCACGUAGGAUCUAAUUUAUUUAUUUAUUGCCUGGUGGUGGGCUCUGUGGUCGGGGUGGCUAUGCAAACUCCGGCUUGGGCCCAUUUGCAUGACUCUCCUGCUCAGGUCUCCGAGCAGGUGCAGAGACAGGUCGCGGCUGAGGGCCCGGGAGGGUCCGAGAAAGCACAGCCUCUGGGGCGGCGCGGGCCGGGGUGACAGAGCUGCUGCUGUGUAAAUGCUAUUUUAAACACUAAAAAGCGUUUAAUUUUAUGGGACUCUGUGACCUGUGUUCUCUCCGCCA